GGCGUAUAUUAUUUUUUUAAUAAGAACUUAAAUCGUUAAUCGUUUAAAAUUAAGCAACUUUUUCCAAAAUGUGAAAGGAAGAUCCAAUAUGAAUCCAAUCCAUCCAAUCGACGUAAGUAAAAUGCCAAAAUGACAUCAGCAGAUUUCGAAAAAUUUAGAGAAAAAGUUUCAAAAGCCAAGCACGACUAUUGCGGUACGUUCGAUUCAAACGGAUUUCGAACUGGCUCAGGUUGUGAAAAGUGGCUGAAAGAAAAUACUCACCAAAAAUACACCGGUCAGUUUCUGUACAACAACUUACACAACAAAGGAGUGUACCUAAACGAUGAGAAAGGCAAUCAAACUUACAUGGAUGGUUUAUUCUUUUCAAAUAAGCUGGAAGGUUAUGGGCGUGUCAUAUGCGCAGACAACACAGUUUUUGAAGGUUUAUUUAAACAACAUGUUCGUUUUGGUCCUGGUGUUGUCACACACUUGGAUGGAAGUCAAGAUGUGGGAAUCUGGGACGGGUUUUCACUGAUAAAACUAUGUGUUUGUGUCGGAGAUGACUUUGUGCCUCGUUUGGGGAAAAGUUCUUUAGGCAAAGCGAGAUUGUUACACUUUCGGUCAAGUGUGCCGAUUUGUCCCAAGCCACCAGAUCCAGCUAAACAAUUCUUAGAUCUGGAAUCAGAUCAGCUUUACAAUGUACACGUCAAAAACCCUCGCAGUCUCGUUUUUAACAACGUUGAGUACCAAAAGAGUUUUUUCACCGAGCAAGAAUGCACAAUUGAUGAAUUGGUCUCCGAAGAAGAAUUUAAUGAAGACGAAAUGUUUGAAGAAAUAGUAACAAAGCCUGAGUGUGAUUGUUUUCAACCAAAUCUGAACAGGUUUGGCCACAUGUGUGUUCAAUUACAAGAAGUGGAAUCAAAACUGGAAAUAAUUACAAGCAAGAAAACACGUCUUGAGGAAAAACUGAGCCAAUGCAAAUAUUGUUGCGACCACAUUGUUGUCCCCACCAAACCAAAAACGAAACAUCAUCAAAUUGAAGAAGAAACAGAAGUUGUUGAAACAGAAAUUACGAAAACAGCCACACAAAAGAAGGAGUCCCGAAAAGUGUUGUCAUUUUAUUCCUGCUCUUCCACAGCUUCGGAAAAUAGUGAAUAUCACAAUAUCACACGAUCUGAAAUUGAAUUGAAAAAUUACUUGUACUUCACCGAAUCAACAGCUUCUAUUGAAGAACAAGUUGAGCAAACAGCUGGUUGUCCGUUACGCGACAAAUCCUCAGGAUUUACUUUACCUUUCAGUCAUUGGGACAGUGAUUCGAGUGAUUUGCAGUUCAACAAACCGCACUUGAUUAACUUUGAUGUGUAUUCCAAGUACGUGGAAGAAGAGGAAGAAGAGGUUUCUCCUAAACCUUCACCACUUUAUCAUUGUUUUUGCACUGAAAAGUUAAUCGAAAACAUUAACAUUUUAAAGCGCCAGCUCCAAACAAUCGUCCAGGAAGAGACGUUCUAUCACACAGUUCGAAACACUAUUAAGAAUCACUUAGAUAUUGAAUUUAGUAGAUUGAAUCAGAACGAAGAGAGGAGACGAUUCGUUCGUAAGGUAGUGGUAAGGGAUGUGUUGGCUUGGAACAACGAAAAACUAUGGAUUACAAUGCUCCAACAUUGUUUUCGCCACCGAUUUUCGGAACAUAACGUUCGGUUUAACGUUUGUGAUUUAUUAACAGGACAGAGACAGUAUUUCCAAAACGCUGGAGAUUAUGAAGCAGCUUGUAAAAAUUUCCUGGAAGAAUGUAGCCAAGGGAGCGAACAAAACGUUUUCAAUUAUAUCAGAACGAAGAACAUAAAUCCUGAUCUUUGUGAUGCUCGGGGAAACACAGGUCUUAUGUUGGCCACACUGGGGGAGAAAAUGAACUGUGUUUCGAUGUUGGUUGAUUGUGGGGCCAAAGUCGAUGCAAUGAACGACGAGGGAUUGACUCCCUUAACAAUGUCUCUCCUUAAAUACAUUUCGAGCAAAUUCCAAGUGACUGACUGGGAAAAAGCGUUUUUAAAAGUGCAAACUAGUCCAGAAUUGUUUCACACACAACAAUGGCGCGCCACUGAAUCGCUUCUAACACAACUUUGUGAUUCUAAAACAAUGAUAUAUUCAACAGAUUUGAGUGCCAAUGAACAGAAGUACAUUUUCAACACUGAUUUUAUUCGUGUUUUUGCGACACCAAAGAAAAAAUUUGAUAAGAAAAAGGGACGGGAAGAAAAGUGUGACGAAAGACAAUUGAUAACAAUUAAGAAGACUAUUUUAACAUUGUUGCGUUUUGGUGCCGACCCUCGUAUUGGUGAUGUUCCCUUAAAACCAAUCUUUUUGUCGGUGUUUACUGACGAUUCUGAUAUUUUACAAGGUCUCCUCAAAAGUAACGCAGACCCAAACUCGCUUUUUUCCGACGAACAUUUGACUUGUUUGCAUUUGAUCGUUUCGUUGAAGCCUUCUUUAGAGAAAGUAAAAAUGUGUGAAAUACUCCUAAGUCACAGUGCUGAUCCCAAUAUCAAGACACAUCCCAAUCAUUGGUCCCAGUUGAGAAAAGAAUUACUUGGAGAAGGAAACGAUUAUUGUGAUGAAGGCAAAAACGCACUACAUAUGUUGUGUCUACGAGAGGAUUUUUUCAACGAUUCUGAGGAUCUCCUAAUUUGGAUUGCAAGUAUUUUGGUGGCGAAUGGUUGCAGAACCGAUGAUUUGUAUUUAGGACAUACGCCUUUAUCACUAGCUGUGAUUAGAGGCAAUACUAAACUUAUCGAAUCCUUGCUUAAGAGAGUUGAUCCUUACCAAUUGCUGGGAAAUGAAAUGGGGAACGCGUUAACUGUGUUGAUCCUAAAUCGGUUUCCUUCAAUUUUGCCAAAGGAUGUUAAAAAGGAUGUGGCGAAAUGUUUGAUACAUAACGGCUUAAACCCCUUGACCCGAAUCGGUGAAUUUGAAAACGUCAUUGCUUUCAUGGAGAAUGAACAACUUUUAAAUGUGAAGUCGAAAAAGAAAACAACUAAGAAAAAGACGAAGAAGAAAAAUAAAAAACAACUCUCACAUUCAAAAAAAGGAAAGAAGAAAAAGAAAUCUAAAAGCUCGUCACGCGGCCAUCGAAAAACUAAAACAGAAUCAGUGGAGGAUUUCAUAAUUUCGGAAACGAGGCAGACUUUGUAUCGACACUUGCAAGGCAAAGCAAUCAAAUUCUUGUAUACCCUUCUGUGCGAAGCUAUCGUUGCCGAUCCGCUAACAGUUGUUUUGGCAAAAUUUGUCAAACCUCACGAGGUUUUAGGCAUAAUCCAGCUAUUGUUCCAACAUGGUGCAAUUGACUUUAGCCACUUCAGUUAUUCCCUUAUUAGUGAUUUGGUUCAGUUUGUGAGGAUCCAGCACCAUUUCAACGAGAAACAAAGUGAGGAGGAAUUUAACAAAUUGAAAGAAACAAUUAAGAACACACCGUGGAAACCUUUGAAACGCAUCUCUCGCAAUAUCUAUCUCCCACCACCUGAAACUGACGAUCAGGAGGAUAAAUAUAUUGUUUGCUUCCAGUGUUUGAAGAGUGAGGGAAAGCACUUGAUCAGGUGUCCAAGUUGUGAGUUGGUUUACUUCUGUUCGGAACAUUGUAAUCGCUUGAACGACAAAAUUUCGAAAUUUCAUCCUUGCAAAGUUACGUUUUACGACGCAGUUUUGGAAAUUAUCAAAGAUCAAGUGCAACCAAGUCGAAUUAAUGUCCUGUUGAAAAUGGCAGAAAAGAUGAGAAAAGAGCGAAUAGCGAUGAUACAUUUGUUAGAAUUGGAAGAAAAGGUAAAGAAGUUGAAAUUUAUACCAACUAGGACUAGGAUUCGAUUUGAGGAACUUUACAACAAGUUUCAAAUUGCCGAAAAGGAAAGGGAAGAGUUUGCACAUAGAAACAGUUUAUGGGACUAUGCAAGUAUUCUUAUGCAGAAUAAAUCGCAAAGUGCUGUAAGGGACGUAUACUUUGAGAAAAUACCAGAUGUGGCAGCGAAUCGAAUUUACAAAAGUUACUCAAAUGUUUUCACCAAAGUCGCUUCAGAACUUAGUAACGCGUCCUCGAAUGUUGAUAGUAAAUUUGUUGAUACGUUUCGCUCUUACCAGAAUAUUCUGUACAAUAGUCCUCAAGGUAUAUCACCAACUUCUACUGCAGUAAUGUUUACACCAAAACCUCGUCGUUUCUCGCAGUUUAUGCUUAGCAAAAACUCAUCAUCGACUUUAAGAAUUGCCGAACUUCAGAGAAAACCUGAAGAGAAAAGGAAGUCCACGCUUGUGAAUGGAGCAGUGAAGGAUGAUCUAGUUUCACAAGGUAGCAAAAAAGAGAAACAUGAAGAAAGGAAAGAUAAAAAUUACUAUAUGGACUUGCUGUCUAAAAUUUUUGCCGAUUUUAAUCUUCCCCUGCUGCUGUUACCCUACGCUUGCUAUAAAGAUGGUCAAGUCUAUUAUAGUAUGACGGGCAACAUGUCUUACUUGGGGUCCAGUUUCCAUAAACUACCAAUUCCUGACUAAUAAAUAAAUACCAUCUUUUAAAUUUUAAAAUUAUUACUACAAAUCACGAAAUAAUAGAAAUGUCUGGCUCUAUAUGUUUAUGAAUCAUACUGUCCGCACUUUCUCACUUUUUUUCUGUUAUUAAAAAAAAUUGAAAUAAAAACGUGAUCAAGA